UCCUCCGCACCUUCCUCCGGCUGCGCAGCGGCGCCGGCUCUGCUCGGUUCCUGCUCGGGCCGGGGCAGCCUUCGCGGCGCGGCCGCCGAGGGAACGCUGCGCGACGUGUCCGCGCCCUACGGCCCCGGUGGCUGCUUUAAUGCAAUAGUGUCAUUAGCUGCCUGAAGACUAAACAUGAGAAUAGCAGGUGCUGCAAAGUUGGUAGUAGUCAUAGCAAUAUUUUUAUUGACAUUUUAUGUCAUAUCUCAAGUGUUUGAAAUAAAAAUGGAUGCAAACUUAGGACACAUAUUUGCUAGAUCAGCAUUGGAUGCAGCUGCACGCUCCACAAAACCUCCAAGAUACAAGUGUGGGAUCUCUAAAGCUUGUCCUGAAAAACAUUUUGCAUUCAAAAUGUCAAGUGGAGCAGCGAAUGUAGUUGGACCUAAAAUUUGUGUAGAGGAUAAUGUUUUAAUGAGUGGAGUUAAGAAUAAUGUUGGCAGAGGAAUAAACGUGGCCUUGGUCAAUGGUAAAACAGGAGAAUUAAUAGAUACUAAGUUCUAUGACAUGUGGGGAGGAGAUGUGGCACCGCUUAUUGAAUUUCUGAAGUCCAUCCAGGAUGGAACGAUUGUGUUAAUGGCAACAUAUGAYGAUGGUGCAACCAAGCUUAAUGAGGAAGCACGGAAACUGAUUGCUGAAUUAGGAAGCACAUCMAUUACUAACCUUGGCUUCAGAGACAACUGGGUCUUCUGCGGUGGAAAAGGAAUUAAGACAAAAAGUCCAUUUGAACAGCAUAUAAAGAAUAAUAAGGACACAAACAAAUAUGAAGGCUGGCCAGAAGUUGUUGAGAUGGAAGGCUGUAUCCCUCAGAAGCAAGACUAAAUGAAAACAGAAGAAAAGGAGAAAGAAUGUGGAAGAAAAUGCACUUUCUGCUAUUAUUAGAGAGAGGGCUAUGAAGGAGACUGUACUGUAAAUAACAUUUUUAAAGCAUGCAGCCAUCUUGUCAGUGUGUGCAUGAGCACUGACACUUUGAAUAUUGGGAUUAUUUAUUGCUAACACACAUAGAAAUUCUUUUUGUAAAUAUGCCCAAAAUAAAAGAAACAUCCAAUCAUUUCUAUGCAGGUGUCUUAAAAGCACAGUAUUUAGUUUGCCUGUGGUAAAUAAUACUUAUAGAUAACUGGCUAAUAAAUUACAUAUAUGGACAAUAAAGAGAUCCUGACAAAUGUACUGUCCUCUUAACAGUGCAAUGUUGCUGUGACUACGUAAAAUUAGUGGAAUAUUGUAGAUUUUAGUAAUUUGUUAAUAAGGAGCUCUAACUUUUUUUAUCUUCUGCCUUUUUAAUGGCAGCAUCCAUUUUUAUUAAAGCUAUUUGGUUGUUCUAAUACCAAGUGCUCCAAAAAUUUAUUUUGUAGUUCCCCAUCAAAACUGAAUAAUCAACAAAGAAAGACUUCAUAAUAGUAUAACAGAUAUGCCAUGAAAAGCAUAAUAGAAAUUAUUACUUUUUUUUUUACCUGUGGGGGAUGAACUAAAAUAAAUGUAUAAAUAGUGUGUAUGAUAUUUAAAAGAAGCUUGGAAGAAUUUGUACUUAACUUGAAAGUGUUUACUUUAUGGAAGGGACCUGGCACAUUAAGCAGCAGUACUGUGGUUAAUCUCUUUAUUUUUAUUGCAGUUCUUGCACUGCUGCCUAACAGUUGUUUCUCCCUAUGGCUGUUCAGCUGCAGUGGCUGGUCAYGCAGUGAAUGUGCAUAAUGGAAGAGCUUCCUCUUUUAUUUCUAAUGUCAGGAAUAAAUUUCCCAUCAGAAAGAGCCUGUUAGAAAACAGUCUGCCUCCUAGUGAGAGUGGUUUCAGGGAACACAGUUGAGCACCUUUACUACCUACAUUACUUCUUAUGAGCCGAGGCAAUCUCUUCUUCCAUAGAAUGUUASAGAGAGCAUUGUGUUUUGGGUUAUGCAAUGUAUGACUUGUGAACUUUGCUGAUAAUGUUUGCUUCAUCCUUUUUUUAAAUGGAAAAAAGGACCAAGUGUAAGUGGCCUUAUUCUUUAUCUUAUAACAGAGCUGUGAGAAGACCUUGCUUUCUUUCUAAACUUUUGUUUCUUUUAAAUAGGGCCAGCUUGAACUUUUCCUGAAACUAAGUUAGUAUGGUAUUACUGUGUCCAUAUUCACAAAAUUAGGGCUGACACAACACUGGCUGUAAUCUCUUAGGCCUUUGUGUCAUGAGGUCUGGUAUAUUCUUCAAAAACUUCARGCUACUACUAUGGGGUAAAAGCCACAAAGGCUUUUUCAGGAACCCACAGUAAGUUUAACACAGAGGCAUUAGAAAUAAUAUUGAUGUUUUCUGAGACAAAUUCUGUGCACUAAAAAUUUCAAGCAAUAUUGAGAAUUACCUUGUAAGAAAAAUAAAUAAUCUCUGAUACCAGAGUAAGACUGAAUUCUGAGUUGUUCUCUGUGUUUAACUGGGUUUUUAAAUAAUGUGGAUUUCUCUCAAUAUUAAUGUGAAACAGCUAUGAAUGCACCUGACACAGUAAAACUGCUUUUGUUAAAUCUUCCAGAUUUUCCUGUGUAGGAGGAUGUGUUACAAUCAUAUGUAUUUUUUCAUUGAAGUAAAAUCCCCUUUUCUAAUUAGUUGAAAUUCUAUUUCAUUACUUAAGGCUGUUGUGAAUAAAUAUUUUUCAGAGGUUCUGAAACUUACACAGAAAUACAGUUCUGUUGGUGUAUGUGCCAGUAUUGGAUACCCURUUACCCAGAAUAAUAUCAAAAUAAUUUUAAAGUUAUUCAGCAGGGGCUUAAGAGAAUAAAACCCAUUUGGCUACAUUA